AUUGUUCACAUUCUCCCCACCACUCAUCCUCUAUUAUUGGUUAAUUCGAUUGCAGUAAUUAUCCCUGGGGCAUAUGAUUAGUGAUCUAUAAAUAAAAACAGCCUUUUACCGCAAAAAUUAAACAAUUAUUAACGCACACGAACUUGAACUAAAUUUUGUGUGCACUAAAAAAAAUUUUCAAUUGUUAACCCAGAAUAUCGAUAGAUAAUUCGAAUAGAUUAAGAGCCAGGUCAGAAUUAGUCUGGUGUAAGUGGGUUAUAAAUAUGCUUUCACUAAGAAAAACAGUUUGCAGGAAUUUGAAUAGAGUCAAUGUGGCUAGUAUUGGUAGAAUAAGUGUCGUUGCACCUCGUUUCCAAUCGACAACUACUACAGCAGUCAAUCCAGAAACUCCAAUCAAACCACAAGCCAAAUUUAACAAAGAAAACAAAAGAGUAUAUAGUCAUAUCAAUCCAAAGUUAAGAGAUAUCACUCAUCAAAUUCAAAAAUCAUCUCAAGCAGCCAAGGGUGAUUUAUCAGAAACUGUUGAAAUUCUAGAAGAAGGAUUAAGUUAUUUACGUGAGAUUCAAGAAUCAGAAAGAAUCGACAAUAAAUCAUUAUAUUCAAAGUUCCAACCUAUUGUUUCCCAGAUUCUUUUCAAGGCUAUCCAUUCAAAUGCAUCUCUCGGUGGUAAAUCAAUUGAAGAUUUACUUGAUAUACUCGUGAAAUAUGGUGUUGCCAGCAGAUAUUACUUUACUGCUGUUGCCGUUCAUUAUUUAAAGACAGAUGAAAAUCCAUUUCAAAAGGUUUUACAACUCUGGGUCAAAUGCAUUGAAUUUGAAAAAUCUCAUGACUUAACUUCAACAUUUCCUUAUGUGAACACUCUUUUAAAAAAUCGUCCAUAUUAUCUUCCAAAUAUUGUGUUUUUUGCUUAUGUUCAAGUUUGUAUUGAACAAAAAGUCAAGAUUUCAUUUAACGACAUUCAAAAGUUAUUAUUAACCGAUAAACUUCCAAGUGGAUACUUAAUUGCUGACACCUUAGAGGAUGUGGGAUUAUCUUCCAAAUAUAAAAAUGAAUUAUCAGAGUUACAAAAAGCUGUCAAGAUCGAAGCUAGUUUAAACUUGGAUCCAAAUGGUCCAUUUGUUUUAAGAAGAAUUACUGAUAUUGUUUCAAAGAAUAAUGCCCGUGCUUUGAAUAACUUAUUUAGAGAAGUAAAAGAAACUUCAGCCAGAAAUGGUAAAAACAUUUCAGAAAAUACCUUGGCUAGAUUUAUGAAUGCAUAUUUAGAUUUAGGUUUACAUGAUGAUGUUUUCAGAAUUUUUGAUGAAUUGAUUCAUAGUGGUGUUGAAAAGCCUUCAACUAAAAUCUGGGAAGUUGUGAUAAGAGCAAUUGGUAGUCCAACUAAUGUGUCCAGAACCGAAGAUAAGGAAGCUUUAUUAUCAAAUUUCGAAAGUGUUAUUCAAACUAUGUUAUCUAAUGGAAAUGAAUUAGAUUCUAAGAUCCUUGCUGUCAUUAUCAGUGGAUAUGCUACUCUUGAUAAAUUCAAUUUAGUCGAUGAGUACUUAGAGAAGUAUGUUGAAAGUGGAAAAUUACCAAUGAUCAGUCCAAUUAAGAAUAAUGUGUUACUCGGUUUACUUCAUAAUAAGAAGAUUCAAGAAGCAGAAGACAAAUUGAAGACUUUUAUGAGUUCCGAUGGAUACGUGCCGUCAACCACUGUGAUGAAUUCAUUUUUAAAUGUUUAUUCUAAAGCAUCUAAUGCCAAAGCUGUUGAAGGGAUUGUGAAUUUUAUGAAAUCUAAUUCUAUUCCUGAAAAUGUUGCUACUCAUUCUAUUUUAAUUGAUUACUAUUUCAAAGCUCAUCAUUCUAAAGGUUUAUCUGCUGAUAUAGAUGGUUUAUUAGAAAACAUUAACAAUUCUAAAGAUAUUCAAUUGAAUGAAUUUACAUUCACUUCCAUAAUUGAUGGUUUAAUCAAUAAUGCUUCUAACUUCGAAGCUGCGAGAGUUUUAUUUGGUAAAGCAGUUGAAAAGUAUCCCAAAGCUCAACAUUUAUAUACUGUUAUGAUGAGAGGUGAAUUUGAACAAGGUCUGUUACAAGUAGGUGACGCAUUGUUUGAAGCUUAUCUUGCUAACGUUAGAAAUGAUACAAGAGUUUGGAAUAUGGUAAUUCAAAUGAUGUUAAAUAAAAAUAAAGGAGUUGCUUUAUCGUAUUAUCACAGAUUGAAGGAAGAUAAAAUCAGCUCUCCUAAUGAAUUUACCUACUAUUUCUUAUUAAAUCAUUUUAGUAGAAGAGGUGCUAAUGAAAAUGUUCAAGAAAUUCUUAAUGAUAUUGCCAUUCAUCCACCAAAAGACUUUGGAACUCAGUUACCUACAUUAAUAAAAUCAUUGUCAGAAAAAUUUAACGUUGAUUCUAAGAUAUUAGGGUCCCUUUAAACAGAAUAUAUAUUUUCCUGUAAAUAAUUAUGUACAUAGAAUUCAGAAGAUAAAAGUUAAGUUAUUAUCGAUAUGACGU